UCAGCAAACGGAAGUGUGACAUUCCCACUGUACACAAGUUAGAUCUGCUGGCCAUACUAUUACUGCAGUUUCUGAAGAAACUCACCCCAGUGCUGAACCCAUCUCUGGACACCAUAAAAAUGCAAAUCCACUUCACCAGGAAUUACACAACCCGCCGUGACGCUGUGGCGAAGAUCGGCGAAGCGCAGGAGUCCAGAGGAAGACCAGUGAGCGCAGAAAUCACUCAGAGCCAGGCCGAAAGCAGCGAGGAAUUGAACGCUCUUCAUCGUCAGAUCGUCACCUACAUCCUCCUGAGCUCCGGGGAGGGCUCACCGACAGACGACGACGUUGUGCAAGAGGCAACAGCUGCCCUGGAAAGCGUCUUCCCUGCAGCCAACAUGGACAUUUUUAUGAAGCUUUUAAGGAGUGAGAAAGAGCAGCAGCUGCGAGAGCUGGCCGCUGUAGUCAUGGGGGUCCGAUGUUUUAACCGAGUCUGCGGACUGGUUGAUGAGGACGCCAGCCUGAAGGAGCUAACAGUUCCGUCCAGUCUCCAGAAUCCCCCAAAAGUUACGAGUAAGGAGAUCGAGAGUGAGCUGAAUGCUUGCCAGACUUUGGUGUGGAAAUACACUGCAGUGUUGGAGAAGAUGAUCAGCACCGACGGCGUGAAGGACGUGUCCGAAGGUGGUGAUGCCCCCCUGCUGUUACUCAAACGGGCGCUUUACAAUGUCAGACAGUUUGAGGGAUUUCUCAAGCUGCUGCUGACAGAUGCCCAAGUGAGUGAGAAGCGUGUGGCUAGCCUUCAGUCGGCGCUCGCGGCGCAGCUAAAGCAGCUAAAAGAAGCUAUACAGUCGAAGGAAGGUCUUCCAUCCGCCGAGGCUUUUCCUCUCUUUAAAAAGCUGUCAAAGCUCUGGGCUGGCCUCCAGCAGGAGGCGCAGAUGAUCGACACACCUGGCAAAGUCAUGGUGGCGCUGCAGCCCUUCCUCACCUCCCAGGCCCAGAUCUUCUCGGAAGCCGAUCUCAAUGAGAUGUUAGGAGACACAGUGGUUAAGACCGACGCUCAGAGAAUGAGAGAAAGUUCAGUUGGCCGCAUUGAUCCAGAGGCGAUGCAGGACCAGGAGUGGCUCCUACCAGGAAUAACCAAGUAUUUCAAUGAGCUGCCUCUGCAGUACAACGGAUUCUGUGGAUACACGCUGGCGAGGAGUGACGGCCUUCUGCUUCCAGGUAAUCCAUUCAUUGGCCUCCUCAGAUAUAAGGAGAAGUUCUACAUUUUCUCCUCCAAAGAAGCUGCUGAGAGAUUCUCCCACACGCCUGACUACUUCAUUUCAAUGGCGGAAGAAAAAAGCAAACACUGCCCGGAACUUAUAAGGCUCUUCAAACUGCACAAGCAGUAUAUUAGCACCUAUUCAGAGCUUAGAAACAGUUUGGAUGCAGCAGCCAAAUGUGAGGUCAGCACUCAAACCGACACCCACCCCACAGAGAUGUCCCUCGAUAGGUCGUACGAGUGGAAUGAAUGGGAGCUGCGGCGCGAAGCUAUCAAACUGGCCGACCUCCGCACCGCAGCGACCCACUCCGCCCAGACCAAAAUGAGUCACGUCAGAAGAGAAAACUCCACUCAGACUUGGCUCCCCAAAGACGACGGCUGUCAGACCAAAAGGGACGGUGAGACCAACGUGCCCAGACCCCAUGUCUUCAUAGCCGGCCUCAGAGGAAAGAGAGAAGGAGGAAUGGAGAGAAUAAACCUGACCAGAGGUGUGGAUGAAUGAAGUGCCCCUCCAUCGCCUCAGUGGAGAAUAAACCCCAAGUCAGACCCAUGUUGACAGUUAUUCGUCUCAACAAAUGGCUGUCACCCAUUUUGUGCCCUUGUGUUGGCAUAGAAUGUCAAUAGUACCAGGCAUAUAUGUUCACUAUAGGCACCUACACUCGUUCCACACAUAUUAUCCUCACUCGCUGGAUCAGAAUCAGAAUCAGAAUUUAAUUUAUUGCCGUGUCAGUGGGGAGCCCACCAACUAGGAAAGUGUUUUGGAAUAAAG